CAGAUCCAUAUGCGUAUACAUUCUGGCGAGAAACCACACGUUUGCGAAGUAUGUGGCAAGGCCUUCAGCGUUCGAAAAUAUCUGAUUGUACAUUUGAGAACGCAUACAGGUGAAAGACCGUAUGAAUGUAAGGUCACCAUUGAACUCGAGGAUCGAACCAACAACUCAACAGCAAGUGAUCAUGGAAAGAUCGAUAAUUUUAUAUUCAAUCAUAAAAGAAGAGGACGACUAUUCAACGAAUCAAUAUGAAAAUACAUUGCCAAAGAUUCGUUGCGCAAAAAUUGAAAGUCUGACCAGAAACGAUUCAAACGGCGAAGAAGAAUCCAAAGAAACAACGAAAGAAGAAACGGUCUCCGACAUUAAGCAUCCUGAUGCCUUGGCACAGACAUUCUAUCAGUGUGAUAUGUGUAAAAAGCUUUUCAGGACAAAGAAUCUUUACGAAGGCCAUCGAGUGUCUCACAGCGACGCUCGACCUUAUCAAUGUGAUAUCUGCGAGAAAUCCUUCAAGAGGACCAACACACUAGCCGUCCAUAGAAGAAUCCACACUCGAGAGAGGAAUUUUGUGUGCGACGUAUGCGGGCACGCGUUUGUCCAAGCUUUCCAAUUAACUACUCAUCAGAGGCGCCAUUUCGACAAGUAUACAAGAUACUGCGAAGUAUGCAAGAAAGGAUUCUUCACGAACGCCGAAUUACACGGUCACAUGAACGUGAAACACGGAGCUAAAGAACACGUUUGUGACUCUUGCAACAAGUCUUUCCCGAAUAAUCAUACUUUGGUGAAGCAUCUGAAGGUUCAUGAUCCAAAUUUCAAGCCUGUGAAGCACCAGUGUGAAUUCUGCGGCAAGACGUUUGUUUAUAAGAAUUCUUUGGUGUUCCACGUAAAGUCCCAUAUGGGUGAAAAUAAAUACGAUUGCCAUCUUUGCGGUAAAUCAGUAUCUUCUAAAGGAUCUCUUCAGGAUCAUCUUCGACUUCAUAGCGGGGAAAAAUUGUUGAUCUGUGAUGUCUGCGGUAAAGCUUUUCGCAAGAGGAGCACUCUGGUUGUUCACAAAAGAACUCAUACCGGAGAGAAACCGUAUACUUGUGACACGUGUGGAAAAUCAUUCACGCAGCACUCGACGUUGGUCAUUCACAAACGAUAUCACACAGGACAGAGACCGUACCAGUGCGAGAUUUGCAGCAAAUCGUUCGUUUCCAGGUCGUCGUUGAACGCUCAUAACAAAGUGCACACAGUGAACGUUGCGGUGGACCAAAUAGAGUGAUCUUUAAAACUUUGAAAAGUUAUAAAAAAUUAGUGACAAUAAAAGAUGAUGUUUUUGCAAAAAGAGUCACAGGAAAUGAACUUUUGGUUUAGAGGGAUAUUUAGCAGGUUUUCCGAAGAAAGGUUGAAAUUUUAAAUGCUACUUUCAUACCUGAUGAUACAUUUAUCAUACUUGAAAUUUUUCAUUGCAUAUUAUCGAUUCUAAUUCUCAAGUGCGAUGAAGACGUAAUUGAAUGAAAAGGAAUGUUCAUUGGUGCCAAAGUUAUAAGUUGCACAAUAUCAAUUAUAUUUUUGUACCUUUUCUUUUUUUUUUUUUUUUUUUUUGUUUCUAAUCUGCCGAGAAUAUCUUUUUAAUUUCACCAUUCGGGUAACGUAUCGAAACAUAUCACUUUCGUAUAUUAUAUUUCCUACAGUAUUAUGUUAAUCUACGUUAUGACAUUGUACAUAGCGAAUUUAGAAUAAGAGAGUCUGUGGGCAAAGUGCAAGCAGCUUUCGGCCGAUCUCUAAAAAAUUUGUAAAUCGGUCAUAUGGAACAUGGUAUUUUUUCAAGUUAAUUAAGACAUACCAUUGCAUGUACAAUUCUGUUAAAUAAAACAACUAUUUGACAUCGUCCAAGCAAGAUCGCUCUUAUUAUUAGAAACGCAAUUUCGAAAUACCAUCUUCGCAACUUAUUGUUUCUUUUUCAUACUACAUAUCGCUAGAUCCAGAUCCAUCUCUGCAUCACACACAACUUUCGUGUAACUAACUUUAAUAAUGCGAUUGUCUACGAUUUGCUAAUCUAUUCAGGAACUUCACAUUGAAAGCAAACCGUAGAGCGUGCUGGAUAUCUCUUCCAGGUAUACGAUUUGAGAAAACGCGUUCCGGGCGCGGAAAGACUCCGACUAUUCAACGAGGACAUCUGAUACUGAUGUGUCCCUUCGAAUUUUUAU